AUGGAUUAUAAGAAGGCACAGAAGUUUGAAGGGGGAUUACGGGGUGCUAUCUUGGACCGAGUCAAUAUGCUAAAGUUACCCACUUAUGUUGAUGUGUUGGAGAGGGUUGUCAUAGAGGAAGGAAAUAUUGCCACUCAGAACCGGAUUUUCGAAUGGAAAGGAAAGAGGCAGAAUACUCAAUGGCCAAAGGGGUCAAUUAUUCCACCAAAUAAGAAACAAAAUUCAUGGACUUCAAAUACUUCUACCCGUAGUCAGGAUUCAAUCCCUGUUUGUUCAGAAUGUGGAAUGAAGCAUCGUGGAACGUGCUAUCGAAAGUCGGGAGCCUGUUUUCAAUGUGGAAAAACGGGUCAUUUGAUAUGGGAUUGCCAUCAGAGGAGGCAACAACAAAAUGGCAAUAGGGCUGCUACUAGUUCAGCGAGGUCUACACCGACUCCUAACACUAAGACAGCUACUAAACCUACUAACAAUAAAGACACUGCGAGGCAGGGCAGGGUGUUCGCAUUGGUUUCGGGAGAUGUGCAAAAUGCAGCAACAACGGUGUCAGGUACGUUUAUUGUUCACGGUCAUUCUGCUCAUGUAUUGUUUGAUUCUAGCUCCACCCACUCUUUUGUGUCGAAACUAUUUGCUCCUAAUUUAGAUGAAACUAAAGAAAAAUUGUCUUAUAUGUUGUAUGUGUCUUCACCUUUGGGAGAAUCUAUGAUCUGUGCUACAAUAUACCUAGCUUGUGAACUCCAACUUGGGGAUAGUCAGGUGUAUGCUAAUCUGUUACCCCUCGACAUGACGUAUUUUGAUAUUGUUCUGGGAAUGGACUGGCUGAAUGAAUAUGGAGCAAUUAUACACUGUUUGACUAAGCAAAUUAGUUUCCACCCUCUGGGUCAAUCAAAAUCUACUUUUCAGGGACAAGAAGUGACUUCUCCACCUUAUUUGAUUUCUACAGCAAAGGCUUUUGUUCGUGAAUUUCCGGAUGUCUUUCCAGAAGAAUUACCAGGGCAAUUACUAGACCGUGAAAUUGAGUUUAUAAUUAAAGUGGUGCCGGGAACUCAACCUAUUUCUAAGACUCUGUAUAGAGUGUCGCCAGUUAAGAUGAAGGAAUUGACGGUUCAGUUGUAG